GGCGGGCAUAUUCAAAACAGGCGAGAUGGACUUAAUAUCUGCGCUCGACUUUCUGAAGUUAAACAUAAUUCCACAAGCUUGGGUGGAUGAAGUAUGGGAUUUGGAGUUUACAGAGAAAAAGUCAUUAGAUGAUACCAUUGAAGAAGACCUCACAGCCAGUGAUGAAAAGGCCUUCAGAGACCUCUACCAGUGUUUACUAGCUCACACUGCUGAACAACAACAAUCUACAGACACCGAUGCUGCAUCACAGAGUAUCUGGGCACUGCUGGGUGAGAAUGGGGUGUCUGUCAAGUCCCUGGUGGCUGUCCUGUCUUUUUUUGUCCUGUCUGGACAAUCCAAAACAGCCACAGUCCAGCAGAGGGUGAGCGGCCUGCAUGCUGCGUCACUCUACCUACUUUUAUUAGGGCUACCAGGGAGCAUUGCCAACAAGGUUUUUCAUGAGGUAUUUUUGGACACAUGUUCAAACAUGACCUUUCAUUGCUGGCCUCAAGAUUCUGGCAAGAAGCGCAAAAAGGAGGUGAUGAAGAGCUCCCAGGCUGAAAACAAACGGCCCAAACGGCACCGCAAAGACUGUCAAGAGGUGGAUAUGGAUGAGGCAGAGGAAGAUGAGGAGGAAGGGGAGCCUCAUUUCACUGGCCAGGACCUGGCAAAUAUCAGAGCUGCUGUGGUUCUUCUGGUUCAGAGUCUCCUCAGGCUCUUGCAGACAUUGCCACUCAAAGGCAGACCACAGAGUGCCAACAACUGCACCCAGAUCUUCAGCAAGCUUCUGUACUUGGAACCAGUCACUGGAGAGCUAGACUUCACUGCUGAGGAUUUCACCAAACUGAGGAGUGUCCCUGCAAUGGCUUUCUAUGGACUGCAGCUGCUCUGUUCCCCAAAACACGGAGACCAGAAAGAAUCUCUGCGGAGGGUUUUCCACCGGCUGCUCUAUGUCAUCCUGAUGAUGAACAAAGGCAACAGAGGGAAGCCCACCGUCCUCAUUCCCAGCCAGGCCAACCUUGCCAUCCGCAAACAGGCCAUCCAUUUUGUUUGUCACAUUGUGGCUACACUGAACGAGCUGGCUCGGCCUUUCCUACAAAUCCUCCUGCAACACAUCUGCUUCCAGAUGGUGGAGAAGAGUGAAUUUCGUAGCCAUGGUGCACAAGCUGUUGGCCUGCUGACUGCACAGAUGGGAAGUACGGACUACGCUGGCUUCAUCAAGUGGCUGUAUAACUACUCCAGACACUCAAAGAUGGUGUGCCGCCUGUUCUCUGUGGAUGUGGUGAUGGUUCUACUGGAGCAGCCAGAAAGAAGGCCAGAAGACUGUCAGGAUUCAGAGCUGGUCCAUUUCUUGCCCCACAAGUUCCUCAUCCAGAAUCUGCUAUUUGCACGGAGGAAUGAUGAAUCGCCCAUUGUCCAAGGCCAUGCAUUUGCAUGUUUGGCACAGUGUCUGGAGCUCCCUUCACUCAAUGCCACUCGGGCUGUUCAUGCUCUCUUUUCUACCAGUGGGUCUCCGACAGUAUUGGAUGGUGAAAUAACAGAAGGAACCCUCAGUUCACAACAGACACAGAAAACGUAUCGCUCUUUGCCAUUCAGGACUGUGGAGAUCAGUGGUACUGAAACCUCAAACAGCGAAGCCAAAGAGAAUUUGGCUCUUCUCCUGCGGCGUGUACAAGACCCGAAAACAAAUGUGAGAAAAUCAGCUCUGCAGGCGCUGGUGAGUCUCUUAAAGCACAAUGUGAUUCUGAAUAGCUCGGAGACCCUAUCUCUAUUGUCAGAGCGUUGCAGAGACCCAGCUGUGUCUGUGAAGAAGAAGGCCCUGCAGUGUGUGGGGGAGCUGCUCUAUGCUAAACCUGACAGCCGUCUGGUGCAGAGGGCAUGGCUGCAGGGUGUCGUGCCUGCUGUGGUGGAUUCAGAGAAUAGUGUUCAAGAGAAGGCUCUAGAGGCUCUGGACCAAGUUCUUCUCAGCCAGGUCAAGUUACACUCUGCAGGACACCAUCUAGAUGCAGCGCAGACAUUGACCUGGGACCUACUGGACCUGCUCUGCCAUGAGUGCCAUAACCUCAGUCAGUACUUCAGUCGGGCCUUCACCAUCUGGUCCAAACUGAACAGAUUCACACCAACUUUCAUCAGCAACCUUAUCUCACAUACUGAGACGGAUCAUGCUGGUGGGGCCUGGUUGCUCCUCUCCAAGGUUGUUGCUUCAUCGCCCAAACUGCCUUAUGGAAAAAUCUUGGAAGCCUGGGACAAUAUGGUCAGUUCAGAGGAUAGAAAUGUUACAACCUGCUGUCACAUCCUGAGUGUGAUGGGUGAUAUUGCUGCACAUUUAAAUGAAGACACCAAAGACAGAAUAAUUAAUGAUCUGAUGUCAUUGCUGAAGACCACUCUCUCACUUGAGGUAAUCAGUGCUGCGAUGGAGACUCUGUAUCAACUUGGCCACAGUGAAGACAUCAAACAGACUCAGGCUUUUCUGAACCAGUACUGUGGUGAACUGGUGUCUAUCUGUGAGGCUUAUUUAGCCAGCAUCAUUCUGUGUGAAAAUGGAGUUCGCAGCCUAAAUGAGGAGCUGAUGAUAAAACACCUCCACACUCUUGGUGUGGCGUCGCUUCACUGUCCUGCCAAGAUUAGCAAGAGGACAGUCCUGCUGGUGGAAUCUGUUCUCACCACAAAUUCAGACAAACUGGCAGACUUUCAGGAGGAGCUGCCACCCUCUCUGCCUUUGUCCCAGUUCACAACAAACUGUUUUCCUACCAGAGUCCGAGCUCAUGGUGUCAUUACUUUGGGUAAACUGUGUCUGCAGAGAGAGGAACUUGGUCAGAAAUACUUGCCAGUGUUUGCACGGGAACUAGAGGUUGGCACGGAAGUUGCCGUGCGCAACAACGUGGUGGUGAUUAUGUGUGAUCUGUGUGUUCGAUAUACUAACACAGGAGAUCACUAUAUUCCCAACAUCUCAGCCUGUCUGCGGGACAGUCAGCCGGUCAUCAGGGAGCAGACCCUUAUCAUGUUGACCAACCUGCUGCAGGAGGAGUUUGUGAAAUGGAAAGGCUCCCUCUUCUUUCGCUUCAUGGUAGCACUGGUUGACCCUGUUCCAGCAAUAUCCAGCCUUUGUGAAUACUGCCUUCUCCACUUACUCCUCAAAAAGAACCCGGAGAUGUUCAGCCAGCACUUUAUCGAGUGCAUCUUCCACUUCAACUCCUACAGCAAACACAAGUCUUACAACAAGUUUCCUCAAAGCGACAAAGAAAAGGUUCAGUUCUCCCUUAAAGGAUCGGCAAAUCGAGAAAAACGUUUUCGGAUAUAUCGCUUUCUGUUGGAGCACUUUACUGAUGUCCAGCGCUUCAAUGUAAUGAGCAAGAUCAACCAAAGUGUCCUGGCAUGCUUUGCAGAUGAAGAGCUGCCUCUUGAUGAGGAUGGUACUGAAAUUUUGUCUGAGACCUUUAGCGUCUUGAGUCUGAAGGAGAUGAAGCUGCAGGCCGUUUCUUCUACUGCAGCAGGCUCUGUAGGGGAUGAACCAGAGGAGGAAAACAUGGCAACCGUGGCCAAGGCUGUCCUGGAGGCUGCCCAGAAGAAGGUUGUGUCACAGAUUCAGAAGAAGGCCUUUAUAGAGAACACAGUUCCAUUGAUCAUCAGCCUGAAAAACCUGCUGGAACAGAAGCGCUCUCCUGUUCUCAGAGAACUCAUGGCCUACCUUAAGGUGAAGAUGCAAGACUACCGCACUGAGGUGAAAGAGUUUUUCUCUGGAGAUGAGCAGCUGGCCGCAGAGGUGGAGUUCGCCCUGAAGAUGACCGAGAAUGAACAAAAGAUGGAGGAGAAAAUGGGCCAUUGUAGCCUGACUGGAGAAACCCAGACCCCCAAUACACAGGGUUCAGUGCAGCAGUCUCCAGUGCAGUCUCCUGCCACGUCCAGACCUCUCCCUCUGCUUAGCUUUGCCACACCACAGCCAACACGUCCGCCUCCACUGUUUAACAGACUGGUAUAUUCUGCCAGAUCUGGACAUUCUGCAUCAGUGUUGCAUAAAGGAGAUGAUAACAGAGCAAUAAGCACACCAAAAGGUGUCGAUGUCCACCUGACUUUUAAUGAAGUCAGCCCCAUCUUCAGAGACAGGAGCUCAAGUUCAAUGGGGGAGAUUAAUGUUCUUCAUGUGCAGUCAAAUCAGCAGCAAGCUCCUGGACUGAGGCAAUGGAAUGUACAGUCUCCCCUUCGCCAGAAGAAAAACAAAGGCGAUUGAAUUCUUUGUUUUCUGGUCAGAGUCAUCAGAUACUUCAGAAUUCCUAUGUUAAGUAGAAGGGCAUAUAUUUUACCUUCAUAUCUGUCUAUCAUACUUGUGGUCUUUGUGCUUGAUUUUUUUUUUUUUUUUCUCCAGCCAGGAUAAAGCCUGCCAAUUAGCUAAGGCUAGUCCUGUACAAAUUACAAUUUUUAAUGUACCAAUACUUGUACUUAUAUUAUCUUUGUCAAAUAAAUAACAAAAAUAAGUAAAAUAUUUUCCUGAUUGAACUGUUUUUUUAACAUCAGGCAACUGUUAAUUGUAAUUGUUUGUCUUUGUAUUUUAUUGACUUAUUAAAAUGUCACGUUACAGUCAAAAUAAAAAAAAAAAGGAAUAAAUAACCACUAAAUCACAUUGUAUAUAUUCAUGUCAUGUAGAUAUCAUAUUCCAAAACAAGGAAUAUGAUGGGAGGAAUCUGAGAUUAGUCUGAUUAGUGAACAUUAACUGUUCGAGUUUGUUUCAUUCUUGUUGGUAUUUAGUUUUCUUAAUUCUGAAAACUAUUUUGAUUUUUCAGUUAAAAAAUUUUCACUGCUAUUUUUAGAGUUUAAUGUUAGAGUUCAUUAACUUUAAUUCAGCCUUUUUUUCUUUUCACAAUUUUGUAUUUAUUUGCUUAAGAAACUGUUAGACCUCUUUGUCACUAGUCUGAAAAGGUUUUCACCUUUUAAGGGAUAUGAUGUGUGAUUAUCUGCAUUAUCUUAAAGACAAUUAUUUUAAGAGGCUUAAAGUUUUCAAUUUUUGAUUUAUGAUGAAAGCAUAAUGAAAGGGGCUGUUCAGAUUUGUUUAUUGUCACAUCUAAACCAAAUAAGACCAGGUUCAGAUCAAAAAUCACAAUGCAUAACCCGAUCAAACCAAAAGUAGAUUAUCUUAGAGAAGUUUUCAGACAUAUACUUAAUUGUACCUAAUAUACAGAUAUAUAAUAGAUAGAUAAAUAGGUAUAAUAUAAAAUAUAUAUAUAGUAUAUAGACAAACCAAGAAUUCCAUCCAUCUGUCCCAAGAUUUUUGUCCAACCUAUUUGUCGAAGACUGUUCAUCCAUUUCUUUUCAAAUUUCACACAUGGUCUUUACCACUAGAGGUGCAGUUAAAGGAACAGGGGAUGCUAAAAAGUGGUAAACAUGACCCUUUCCUAAGUUUUUGGAGUUUACUGCAGCAAUCAAAUUCAAAAUUACCUUAUUAAUGUUUUUUCUCAAACUGGUACAUUUUCUCAGUUUAAACAUUUGAUAGGAUGUAUAUGUUCUACUAUGA